AUGGAAACCGAGAAGGACAUAGUACCAUGUGCUCUUUCUCCUAAGCAAAAGUCACUGGAUUCCACCACUCGUACUUCACAAACGGUACGUGAACAAUUUGAGGAUUCUUCCAAUCAUGAAAUAAACGAACAAUCCGAGGAACAAGGUCCUUCUGCCGAAAAAAGAAAAAGAGGAAAAACUUUGAUGCCAAGUGUUCAUGGUAGGAAAGAGCACAAGCUAAUUGUGGUAAACGAGAACAAUCAACCCAUAGGUCCUACUGAUGAUGUUGUAGCAGAGUUGGGUAGCUUCCUCGGUACAUUGGCAAGGAAUGCGGCCUUUUGUCCUCUUAAUGGAAAAUAUGACAUUCCUGAUGCUUCAAAAAAGUGGAUUUUUGAAUCAAUUCAAAAUGCUUGGAGAAAGUAUAAGAAUCAAUUAUUUAACGACCAUUAUAAAGCCUAUGAGAAUGACGAGCUUCGAAUGGAGAAAAGGCCAGUUGAUGUUCCUGAAUCUCAAUUUAGGGAUCUUCUUAAUUAUUGGAACUCUGAUGCCUACAAGAAAAUGUCCCAAACAAAUACCGAGAAUCGCAAAAAGUUAAAAUAUCCACACACUGCUGGCAAAAGAAGUUUUGCUCGAAUAUGCGAGGAAAAAAAUAAAGAAACUUCUGAGCCUCUAUCAAGCAAGGACAUCUUUGUGGCCACAAGAAAAAGAAAAUCUGAUCGAGUUUACAAGGCCUCGUGCGCGGAUACUCUUAAUAAAAUUGCUGAAAUGGAAAGAAUACAACCAACACAAGAAAGUGAAGAUGGCAGUCAAUCGGUUGAUGCAUUUGCAUCAGUCAUGGGACCUGAGCAUCCAGGUCGCCUAAGAUUGUAUGGACGUGGGGUUACCAAGACUUCCUUAAAAAGAAAAGUGGGAGAUUUGGGACCCUCUACUGAUGAGGUGAUGCAGCAAAAAAUGGAGGAAAUGGAAGAAAGGAUGCAGCAAAGAUUGUAG